AUGGGUGACAUUGUAUUGAAUCAAGUGGUGAGGUUUUUGACGAGAGAGCAGGAGGUUCGUGUAUUGCUGGAGCGGGUUGGGAUGGUGUAUAAGGUGGGAGGGUUAGUCUUUGUUUGGAGGUGGUUGAGAGCUGGCGAUGUGAUGGAAUUGGUGAGGGUGAACAGGAACGCGGGGUCAGUGUCAGCGUUAGUGACACUGUAUCCAUUAAUUAGAAAAGUUUGGAGAUUGAACGGCUGGGUUGCGUGGAAUGUGACUUUGGGGCUUAGUGCUGCGUUGGCGGGGGUCGAUUUGCCACGAUGGAUGGCGUCAUAUAGUGCAGUUGAGUCUUUUGUUGGGGUUAGGUGGGAUGGGCUGAGCAAGGUUUUCGAAGAUAUGGAUCGACGGAGUAGGAUAUUGGUCAGGCAGUUAGUUGUGAGUUGGACGAUUCCUUUGUUGUACCAGGUGAGUGUGAAGCCUGGGAUGGUUCACAAGCUGUUGUAUAGCAAGCGGUCCAUGUUGCAGGAUUUUGGGGGUAUCUACUUAACUUUUAAUGCGUUGUCGUUGUACAAACUAUUGAAGUCUUCAUUGAUUAAAGGUAGAGAUCCGAACAACAAGAAGUUGGCUCAGCAAGCACAAGAGGAAGAGUCGCAUACUUCUAACCCUAAAUAUCUUGUAGAUAGACUACAUGAGUUUAAUGAGCUGGCAAACAAACAAAACAUAGGCCGACUAGAGAAGAUCAUAAGCUGUACUGUCACCGAGAAUUUUGCCAUUUGUUUAAAAUGGGCUGCUUGGAGACAAAUUAUCAGAUGGAUAUUUACGUAUCGCCCUGCUUGUAGUAUAGGAUCAUUUCAAAAGUCUGCAAUAAUAAUGUUGUCUUUCUUGGUCUUGAACGGCAAUGAAUACCUUAAUAUAAGCUUUGGAGUGCUUAGGUAUUUGAUCCGCUGUGUGAUCACACAGAAACUAGAGGUUCUCGACCCCCUACUGGCAAACGUACUGCUCUUUGGCGGGGUGAACCUUGCAUAUUACAAUACAAGAGUAUUAUAA